UUCAAUGAGAGGAAGAGAGAGUUAAAGAAAAGAAGCGCAGCAGCGGAGGCAGAUUGAUAGAGGGAGAUAGCGAGAGUGGUAGAGAGGGCUUCGCAUGAGAGAAGGACGAACAGCGAAGACACGGACAGAAAGUAGGAGAGUGAGAGUGUGUAGUGCAGCGUUGCGCUGGUCUGCUCGGUUAUCUGUCUCCAUCUGGGUGCCAUCUGUGUCUCUGGCUCUGGCCUUCGCCACACUGGAGCUCACAUAUGUGGGAAUGCAAACACAUGCCUGACAUAUGAAGGCGUGGAGUCACAGAAAGAGACAAAAAGGAAAGGAUAAGAGAGCAGAAACCCGCCACUGCAGCUGACUUUCUCAAAGGACUGAAGAGUGGACUCUACUGGAGUGGAGACAGUAGAGAGAAGAAGAGCCCUGCCAUGCCCGGUUCUCCUGUGGAUGCUAAGACUCAUUCCAGAUCAGCCCCCAGCAGCAGCAUCAGCUCCACUAUGCCACCCCUGCCUUCUGUCAACCCCAGCGGCCCUCGCCCGGCCUCCUUUUCCACCACAGCAUUGACCAACGGGAAUCAUCAUUCCCCACCAACCCUGAACGCAGUGCCAUCUCCGCCGCAGCGCUACAGCAAUGGACCGUCCUCUUCCUCUUCCUCGUCGCUGGCAAACCAGCAGCUGCCGGCCACCUGUGGGGCUCGCCAGCUGAGCAAACUGAAGCGUUUCCUGACCACGCUGCAGCAGUUCGGCAACGACAUCUCUCCUGAGAUCGGAGACAGCGUCCGGAGCCUUGUUCUGGCCCUCGUGAAUUCCACAGUUACCAUUGAGGAGUUCCAUUCACGGCUUCAGGAGGCCACAAACUUCCCCUUACGGCCCUUUGUUAUUCCUUUUCUCAAGGCGAACCUGCCUCUUCUGCAGAGGGAGCUGCUCCACUGUGCACGGGCAGCCAAGCAGACCCCAGCCCAGUACCUGUCCCAGCAUGAGCAUCUCCUGCUAAGCACCACCUUGGCCUCCUCCCCAGACUCCUCAGAGCUGCUGAUGGAGCCCCCUGAUGCCGGCACCAAGAGGCACAGCCCCAGCAGAGGUAAAGAGAACGGCUUCCACGAACGUCCACCCGCAGCCAUGGAGCCCGCCGCCAAACGAAUUUGCACCAUCAGCCCUGCUCCCCGACACAGCCCUGCCCACCCGCUGCCCCUAAACACCCAGCUUCACCCGACCCCUCCACCCUUGCAGCACUACGCCCUGGAUGACAUCGCAGCGCCGCACAUCCUGCACCGCGAGCACAGCCAGCGCAUGCUGGAGAUCCGCGAGCUCAAAGACAGGCCCAGACUCCCUGGCACUAACGGGGGCUACCGCGAGGAGCCGGUGGACCACAGACUGACAGACCGAGAGUGGGCUGAUGAAUGGAGGCAUCUGGACCAUGUGUUGAACUGCAUUGUGGACAUGGUGGAAAAGACACGGAGGUCAGUGAGCGUGCUCAGGCGGUGCCAGGAGUCCGAUCGCGAGGAGCUCAACUACUGGAGGCGGCGUUCGAGCGAGCAGGAGGACCCACGCAAAGGCGGCUCCGGCUCCGCUCCCUUCUCCAAGACGCACAGCCCUCACUCCGCAGAGUCGGACUCCCAGCGUGACUUUGCUCCACGGCCAGGAUCAGCAUACGUUACAGAUGAGAUCUGGAGGAAAGCUGAAGAGGCAGUGAACGAGGUGAAGCGGCAGGCCAUGGAUGAGGUCCAGAAAGCAGUAGCGGAGGCUGAGCAGAAGGCUUUUGAGAUGAUUGCUGCAGAGAGGGCUAAGAUGGAGAAGACUCUGGCUGAGGCGAAGAGGAAGGCUCAAGAGGAUGCCAUCAUGGUCAUCAACGAACAGGAGGACUCCAGUGAGUGUUGCUGGAAUUGUGGCCGCAAAGCCAGCGAGACAUGCAGCGGCUGCAACGCCGCUCGCUACUGCGGCUCCUUCUGCCAGCAUAAAGACUGGGAGAGGCAUCACCUCAUCUGCAGCCCGGGACUUCAGGCUCAACCCAAACCAGUUUCCGCCAUCACUGCCAGCAGGGCGGCCGCAGCAGCGGCGGCGGCGGCCGGGGCGUCUCCUGUCGGCCUGGUCGGGGUCAAGGCCUCCGACAGCGUGCCCUCAGUCUCCAGUCCCGGUGCAGAGAAGGCUUCGGCCGCUUCUCGCUCCUCCACCCCUUCCACCCCCGCCUCGGCCCCUGAGACCAACGGACACUAGGAGGUGAAGGAGCAGCGAACGUGUCACCUAUCCUCUUCCUUAACGAAUCAGCAGCAAGAGGGAACUAUUUGUGGGUUAAGUUAGGAUAACAGAUUUUUCAUCAUACUCUUUGGCAGAUAAAGAAGGACAGAUUAUGGAUGACUGUUUGAGUGAUAUGUCAACUGGGACUUUGGCUUUGGCAUGGAACAGAAGGACUCGUCUCGAAUGCAUCUAUUGGAUGAACAGAUCUCCCUAACAGAUGGAAACGUGUUUGUCUUCGUCCAAAAAAACCCCAAAUCUUGGAUCUGCGAGGGGCGGAAAAAAACUGCCGAUUGAUCCGAGUUUAUCUCUGGCUGCGGGGAGGAAGCUAUGAGAGGAAGGCAUAUGAGAAAAGACAGAGGAGAUUAAAAGACAGUGAGGUAUAAGGACUCAUCCCCCGUGAACCAAUAUUCUCACUUCGUUGUGUAUAAAUUUAAAGAUGGGGAGGUGGUGGAAAGUGUAAACAGUGUAAUAGUACCAGCCAUAAAGCGUCCGUCUUCGUCCUGUAGGAACAAUCUGACAGUAGACCACAUAGGAGUCGUCUCUGCAGCUCUCCUGUAUACAUAAAUAUUUGCUCGCCAAACUAUCCGUCGGGUUGUCGUACGUGUGAAUGCGUGUGUCAAACGGUCGUGCCGUCAGUGAAUAUUGUACAGCAUACGAUUACUUUUGUCAAAGCAAUAUUAAAGUGAAGUGUUCAGGUAUCUGGAGCCGUUUCUGCAUCACCAAAGUCGCGAAAGAGAGAGUCGUCGUCAUUGCCUGCAGCUGUCCUGAUUGUACACUAACCCCCACAUCGUAUCUACUUUUAUAAUGAGCUUAACUGGGACGUCUGGUCGCUAUUUUUCAUUUUUCUGAUCAUCAUGUUCAAACGAUAGCGAGAAGGGUGAUGGUGAUUGGAUCAAGUAAGCGCAGGAUGAUGCAUUUAAGACUUGUUGCAGUUUCAUUUUGGCACUUGUUCGCGUCACCAGGUGGGUCAGACGUCGCUCCAGAUCUUCCACCUUUGCAAUAUGAGCACCAGGGGGGAAGAGUGGUUUGUAAUGCAGCUGUUCAAGAACUGUUUUCAACAAAAGGAGAGACGAGAGAUGGCGAAUGAAAUCCGUUUUACGUCAUUUGAAGUGACGAAAAAGGGUGAAAAGUCGCUCUGGUGCUUGCGUUGCUGCGGUGCAGGUUUAGAGCAGCGACUCUGUCCCACGGAGAAUCUCAGGAGCUAAAUUGUUUUGGUGUACACAGAUCAUUCUGUUCUUCUUUCUUUUCUUUUUUUUUUCUUCCGUCACAGUUAGGUUAAAGUCAAAAGUUUAGUGAGGAACUUUGAUUUAUCGUGCUCUGCUGUUACAACUGAGACAUCGUUCUUGUUUUCGUUCGCUGUAAGAUGACUUUGUAAAGAAUAUUAUGAGAGAAUGCCUUUAUUUUGUGAGCCACGAUUUUCCUUCGUUCUUUAAACACGUUCUUUUGUUAUGAGGCAUAACUUCAUAUGAAAAAAGA